AUGAUGACAGAAAAGCUGAAGAAGGAGCAGGACACCAGUGCUCAUCUUGAGAGGAUGAAUAAGAAUCUGGAGGUCACAGUGAAGGACCUGCAGCACCGUCUGGAUGAGGCUGAGAACCUGGCCAUGAAGGGAGGAAAGAAACAACUCCAGAAACUGGAGUACAGAGUCUGUGAGCUUGAGGCUGAAGUUGAGGCAGAACAGAGACGUGGAGCUGAUGCUGUUAAAGGUGUCCGCAAAUAUGAGAGGAGAGUCAAGGAGCUCACCUACCAGGUACAAUGGGAUAAGAAGAACAUCAACAGACUGCAGGAUCUGGUUGACAAGCUGCAGCUGAAGGUCAAGGCUUACAAGAGGCAGGCCGAAGAAGCUCGGGUGGAACAAGCCAACGCUCAUCUGCCCAAGUUGAGGAAGGUGCAGCAUGAGCUGGAGGAGGCUGAGGAGCGUGCUGACAUUGCUGAGUCUCAAGUCAACAAGCUCAGAGCCAAGAGCCGUGAUGCUGGAAAGGGUAAGCAGGCCGCUGAGUUAAAGGCCUACAGCAAGUGUGACACUUGCAAUAUUUUUUAA